CUCUCUGAGUGCACCACAUCUUGUCAAAGCAAAAGCCAUGGCAACCACCAUCUUCCAAACCAAAAACUCACUCUCUAUGGUUCUCCCCAUCUUCCUCUUACUGUUGAGCAAGGCAUACUCAGAAGAAAUCACCUCUUUCUCCUUCACCAAAUUCGAACCCAAGCAACCCAACCUAAGGUUCCAAGGCGACGCCGUAGUGAACCCAGAAGGAAAGUUACAACUGACCAAAGUGGACGAAAACAGCAUCCCAAAACAGGACUCUCUCGGCCGCGUCCUCUACACUGCCCCUAUCCACCUUUGGGACAAACGCACAGGCAACGUGGCAAGCAUCGUCACUUCCUUCUCCGUAGUCAUCAAAGCACAAGAAAAAACCACCACCGCCGAAGGCCUUGCCUUUUUUCUGGCAGCACCCAACACGCAACCUGGAAAGGGUGGAGGACUGCUUGGUCUUUUCAACAGCGACGGCUACAACAGGUCCAACCAGGUUGUCGCUGUUGAGUUCGACACUUACUCUAAUGACUGGGAUCCCAAAACACGACACAUUGGAAUCGAUGUCAACAACAUUAAGUCCGUCAAAACAGCGUCGUGGGGUCUGGCCAAUGGUCAAGUGGCUGAAAUCCUCAUUACCUAUAAUCCUUCCACCAAGCUCUUGGUUGCAUCGUUGAUUCAUCCUUCGCGUAGGACCAGUUACAUCGUGUCGGAGAUUGUGGACUUGCCCAAUGCUCUUCCUGAGUGGGUCAGAGUUGGGUUCACUGCCACCACUGGGUUUGAUGACGGUUACGCUGAAACGCAUGACGUGCUUUCUUGGUCUUUUGUUUCCAAGUUGCCUGAUGGUAGCAGUGAUGCUUUGGUGAAUGAUGCCGAUCUUGCCAGCCAUGUGUUGCAUGGUUCCGUUUAAUUUGAAAGGUGACGGAAGAAGAGUAGAAUAAUAAGACCUGUAACAAUGGUUAUUAUGGUGUUGUAGAAACGGUCCUGGCGCAGCGCGCCUUUCAAGUCUUGUAGUCACUUUUUAAUUUUAAUGACUUUCUGUCCUAAC